AUGUGCCAGGUUUUACGAUUCGUAAAAUUUUACCUGGACUUGAUUAACCCCUCCGUACGUAAAACGCACAACAACGGUCGAAAGCACAAAGAAAAUGUCAGAAUGUUCUAUCAACAGUGGAUGGAAGAACAAGCACAAAAAUUAGUUGAUGCGACAGGUAUCGCCUUAUUUCAUUUUUAUUUACGUUUAUUUCAUGACACCACUAAAACAUAUCUUGCGUUUGCUGAUUUGUUACAUUUAGGACCGCCAAUGAUGCCCCCAAGACCAGGUCUCCAGGUUCCCGGAAUGCCACCGAUGCCUUACAUUUUACCGCAAGGUACUUUUACGUUUCCUGUUUACAAACAUCAUGGCAUCGCAGUUUUCGUUUAG